AAUGAAGAAGAUGAAGAUGAAGAUGACUAUGCUUCCAGAUUUAGUCAAACAUUAUCUACUACUCAACUUCUUAAGAAAUCUAAUGAAUUAUUACAAGUAAGAACUGGUUUACCUGUAUAUCAACAUAAAGAUGAUAUAAUUCGAUACGUAAAAUCCAAUCAAAUUACAAUUAUCAUUGGUGAAACAGGGUCUGGUAAAUCUACUCAAAUUCCUCAAUUCUUAUUACCUAUCAAUAAGGGUCAAAUUGCUGUAACACAACCUCGUAGAGUGGCAGCUGCAUCAUUAGCAGGAAGAGUUAGUGAAGAAUAUGGAUGUAAAUUAGGUCAAGAAGUAGGUUAUCAAGUCCGAUUUUCUAAUUUUACUUCUCAAUCUACUAGAUUAAAAUAUUUAACCGAUGGUAUGCUUCUAAGAGAAAUCAUGUUGGAUGGGAAAUUAUCAAAAUAUUCAACCAUUAUUCUAGAUGAAGCGCAUGAAAGAACAAUUUUAACGGAUUUAAUUAUGGGGUUUUUAAAACAAUUAAUAGUGAAUCAAAUAAGACCAGAUUUAAAAGUUAUAGUCAUGUCAGCCACUUUGAAUGCUGAAUUGUUUAGUAAUUUCUUUGCUCAUGCUCCAAUCUUAUUCAUUGAAGGGAAAAUGUAUCCAGUAACUCAAUAUUAUUUAACUGAUUCAUCUGAAGAUAUUGUAGAUACUAUGAUUAGAACCAUAAUUCAAGUUAAUAUGUCGGAAUUAGAAGGUGAUAUAUUAUGUUUCUUACCAGGUCAAGAAGAAAUUGAUAAUUGUGUAGCAGCUUUAAAUCAAGUUGCUCCACAAUUACCAAAAGAAGCUCCAUUAAUUGUUGCCUUACCAUUAUAUGCUGCAUUAUCACCAGCUCAACAAGCUCAUAUAUUUGAUAAAUUACCACCAAGAAGAAGAAAAGUUAUAUUAGCUACAAAUAUUGCUGAAACUUCUAUUACUGUUAGUGGAGUUAAAUAUGUUAUUGAUUCAGGUUUAAGAAAAGUUAAAGUUUGGAAACAUCAAUUAGGUUUAUCAACUUUACUUACGGCUCCAAUUUCUCAAGCUUCAGCUAAACAAAGAGCUGGUAGAGCAGGAAGAGAAUCUCCAGGUAAAGUAUUUAGAUUAUAUCUGGAGAAAGUAUUUCAAACUAAAUUACCUGCCCAACAAGAAUCAGAAAUUAUGAGAAAUGAUAUAAUAUUACCAAUUUUAACAUUAAAAAAAUUAGGAGUUGAUGAUUUAUUAAAUUGGUCUUGGUUAGAACAUCCAGGACAAGAAUCAAUUUUAAGUGCUUUAAAUACUUUAUAUGCAUUAGGAGCUUUAAAUGAUAAUGGGAAAAUUACUUCCUUAGGAUAUAAGAUGGCAGUAUUACCAUUACCUCCACAAUUAUCAGUUGUUUUAAUAACUGCUUUUGAAACAGGAGUAUUAAAUUCUGUUCUUGAUAUUGUAUCAUGUUUAUCAGUUGAUAAUUUAGUAUUAAAUGUAGGAGGUAAUGGUGAAUUAAGAGAUGAAAUAAAUUUUAAAAGAAGAGAAUUUUGUCCAUUGGGUGCAAAAUAUGGUGAUUUAAUUGCCUUAAAGGAAUAUUUUAAUUAUUAUCGAGAACUUUCUCAAUCAGGUAAUAGUUCUGAAGCUAAAGAAUGGUGUAAAGAAUUACAUCUUAGUUUUAAAGGAUUUAAGAAUGUAUUAAAAGUAAAACAACAAUUAAAGGAUUAUAUGUUUGCAACCAUAAAGCAAGAUGAUAGUCUUAAAUAUCAAGAAAAGGAUAAACAAUUAAAAAUAUUGAAAGCUCAAUUAGAUGUUUCUGAUAAUAAAGACGAAGAAGAUGAUGAAGAAGAAGGAAAAGAUGUUAACAAUUCAUUAGAUGUACCUGGCGUAUUAAAAGCAUUCUUAAAAGGUUAUAUCACCAAUACAGCAAUUGGAAUGCCAGAUAGAUCAUAUAGAACAUUUACUACAGGUCAAUUAAUUAGUAUUCACCCUUCAUCUAACCUUUUUGGAAAGGGAGGAUUGGAUGCUAUAACAUAUAUUGAAUAUGUUUAUACAUCCAAAGCAUACGGUAGAACUUGUUCUGCUAUAGAAUUAAGUUGGUUACAAGAAGUUGCUCCCCAUAUGAUAGGAGCAGCCAAAGUUAACGUAAGAGAUUAAAUUUAAAUUUAUGU